AUGAAAGAAAAAUUAAAUAAUACGGAUCUUUCUUUAGUAACAAAUCAAUAUCUUCAAAGAUCAAAUUCAUUAGAACGACAACCAACAGUAAUGAGUUCUCGUGAUAAACGAAUACAAGAGUCACGUGAAAAAAUUUUAAUGCAUACAGAAAAACAAGUAUGUAAUUGUAAUAAAUUAACUAUCAUAGAUCCAUUUAAUUCGGAACAACAACAACAUGAAUCAAUAUUACCUUUAACAAAACAACCUUCAGCUAGAUAUAUAUUUCCACCUGUACGUCCAUUUGGAUAUUUUACAAGAAAAUCAGCAGAUAAUAUAUUACCUUCAACACCAUCAUCUAUUAAACAGAAAUAUAUACUAAAGAAAAAACGACAAAAAAUUACAAAAGAUUCCUCAGAAUCACUCAAUCAAGUUCAAUCAGAUGAUGAUGAUAAUUCACAAUUAUUUAAUGAUACAAUUAAAUCAUUGAUUAGUUUUAGUGAUGCUGAUGAGGAUUCACAAAAUCCACCAAAUACAAAAGUUAGUUUUGAUUUAAGACAAGAUAAACGUUAA